AUGGAGCGGAAUCUUGAAUAUCUGCUUCAAUUUAACAAGCUCAUGAAAUUAACAUUUGAAGGAGGUCCAGAUCCAUUGGUAGCAGACGAUUGGUUAGAUGAAGUUGAAAAGCAUUUCAGGGCAAUAACAGUGCCUGGUGAUUGGUUGAAGAUCACCUUAGCUACAUACAAGUUUGUUAGUAACGCGGUAGUAUGGUGGAAGACCAUGACUAACGCGCAUGAUAUUGACAGUAUGAGUUGGGAUACGUUCAAGAGUCUUUUCUUUGAAAAGUAUUUUCCACAAACAAAGAGACGAGAAUUGAGGACGCGGUUCGAUAGUCUCAAGCAAGGUGAUAUGUCAGUAACAGAGUAUAAGAAUAAGUUCACUUCUCUCUCACGUUUCGCUACGGAAGUGUUAGGGAACGAGGAGGAGAAGACAUGGCAUUUUGUGUACGGCCUAAACCGUUCUAUUAGGCCGGGGUUGACACUUUUGGGGUUAAAGAAUUAUUCUGAAGCGGUCAUGAGAGCAUUAAUGGUAGAAGCAGAAGCCAAGGAUUGGCGAGAGAAGAGUGGUACUGAGCAGCGGACGGCAAGUGCUACUCCUAUUGUUGGUGUUUCUUCAGAGCUUUCUAGGACAAGCUUAGUGUGUUAUCACUGUAAGCAGCCAGGACACCGCAAGGCGGAGUGUCCUCUUGAUAGACCUAGUUCCGGAGUUUGCUUUCGAUGUGCGGGGGAUACCUGCGAGUUUGGGUGUGACAGGAGGUACUUGCACACAGUUGUUCUGGUAGCGGGGGAUACUUGCGAGUUUGGGUGUGACAGGAGGUACCUGCACAUAGUUGUUCUGGUAACGGGGGCUACCCGUGAGUUUGGACAGGUACCUGAUGGUACUUUUGACAGGUCAGAUGGUUCUCAGUGGAUGGGACUCGGUGGGGUCAUGGAGUUAGUUGGGGGCUAG